AUGGGGAAGAAGAGGCAGUACGAGGAAGCCGAGCAAGGGGGCCGUCGCCCGGGCGGGCCAGGCGAGCACAAACCGCGGCCAGGUCUGCUGGACGAAGACGACAUCCCUCGGCCGAAGAAGGUCAAGCCGCAGAACCUGGAGAAGCUCUCACUCGAGGAGCUUCACCAGCGCAAGCACGACCUGAAGCAGGAGGAGAACUAUCAGAAUAUGGUGAUGUCCAAAAAGAAGCGGGGUCCGUACAGUGCAAGUGACAUCCGGGCAACGUAUACCCAAGUCCUGCGUUUCCAGUACCUCCAGAAGGAGGUGGAUUUGGAGAUCGAGCGACGGGAUGCCCGCAAGGAGAAGCAGGCGGAGCAGAAGGCAAUGAAGCGCGCGCAAGCGGAGGAAGCCCAGCGCGCCCGGCGCGCCGCGCUGAUGGCAGCGGAUGAUGGCUUCGAAGGUGCUCCAGGUGUAGCGCUUCCACCGGAGGCCAACUAUGGCUAUGGCGGUGGGUCGCAGUUUCAGGAUUUUCACUCCAUGGGCACUGGGAGCAGUGCAAGGAGUGUGACUGGCAGCCGCUCCCCGGGUCGCACGGCUGGCAGAUCUGUGGCGAGCACAGACUCAAUGGGUCAGAGCAGCUUUUUCGGAGGCGCCAGCUCCUCCAGUAUGGGGAUGGGUCAGGGCUCAGGUUUCUUUGGCGGAGCCGGGGCCAGCGAUUCCGCGAGCAGCGGUGGCUCUGCACCCAUGAACCCCAUGAUGAUGAUGGCGCAGAUGAUGCUCGAGACCCAAAAGAAGCUCAAAGAGGCGCAGGAGAAGCUGCAGAAGGUACAGGACGGAAAGUGA